AUUAACACAGAGAUGCUGAGGGUAUCUCCAUGUCAGCGGAAAUACUCUCUCUCGCUCACACACAGACACACACACACAGUGAAAGGUGAGAUAGAUGUCACUUCAAACAGAAAGCUGGGCUGUAAAGUAGCAGUGAGAGAUGCCUGAUCUGAGCAUAUGUCUGGUCUUUCGGAUGAACCUGCAUUCUGAGCGACCUAAGAGAAAAGGGAGAAGAAUCGUUUUUCCAGCAUCUCUGACUGUCUCAUGAUCAGCCAUGCCUGUUCUGUCACCUGUCACCGGUUUACAUGAGAUGCUAGCACUCCUAACCUCUCAGCUUCACCCAGAAGCAAACCAUAAGGAGGACCUGGUCUUUCUCAGAGAGGUCUUCAGUGAAAGGAGCCUCAGCCAUUUAAUGAAAAUCCAUGAACGAUUGAGGCAGUUUCAGCUCCAAAGCCCGAUCCCUGUGCUCCACAGCGCCUCCUAUUUAGCGGAGGACCUUGCAGAGGAGCUACAGAAUGGACCACUGGAUGAAGAUGAGAGAGAAUUAUUAACACUACUGACUGCUCCACAUGUGAAGGCAGUGCUAACAGUACAUGACACUGUGGCACAGAAAAACUUUGACCCUGUGCUCCCCCCGCUGCCAGAUGAUCUAGAUGAUGAAUUAGAAGAAGAAUCUGUGAAAAUUGUCCGAUUGGUGAAGAACAAGGAGCCUCUUGGUGCGACUAUCCGCAGGGACGAGGAUACUGGAGCGGUGGUAGUUGCUAGAAUCAUGAGGGGCGGGGCAGCUGACCGCAGCGGUCUGGUGCAUGUUGGAGAUGAGCUCAGGGAGGUCAAUGGAAAUCUAAUCAUACACAAACGUCCUGAGGAAAUCAGCCAGAUUCUGUCUCAAUCUCAAGGCUCGAUCACUUUGAAGAUAAUCCCUGCCAUUAAGGAGGAGGACAAAUUCAAAGACAGUAAGGUCUAUUUAAGAGCCAUGUUUGAUUACACACCAUUUGAAGACAAAGCCACGCCCUGUCAGGAGGCGGGACUACCUUUCCAGUGUCGGGACAUCCUGCAGGUGGUAGGUCAGGAUGACCCAACGUGGUGGCAGGCCAAACGGGUGGGAGACAGCAACCUGCGAGCUGGACUUAUUCCUUCAAAACAGUUCCAGGAGAGACGACUGCUGUAUAGAAUGAAAAUGGGAACUUACCAGAGCCCAAAAUCACCCAGAGCAGCACAAUGUGAUCAGACUUGUGAUAAAGAAGACUGUGAUAGUGAGGGCAGUGGAAGUGGACACCACAUUGCUGGUCUCAGGAGAAGUUUCAGGCUGAGCCGCAAGGAUCAUCAGGGUUCGACAGCAGAGUCUCAUCCAGAGUCCGGAGAAACUGAGUUUUUCAUAUAUGAAGAGGUGACUUUAUAUCAGAUGAGACUUCACGAUAAACCAAGACUUGUGGUGCUAAUAGGUUCUCUUGGUGCUCGAAUCAAUGAGCUGAAGCAGAAGGUGAUUGCUGAGAAUCCUCAUCGGUACGGCGUCGCAGUGCCACAUACAACAAGAUCCAGGAAGAGCCACGAGAAGGAGGGCAUUGAAUAUCACUUCAUCUCUAAGCAGGCCUUUGAGGCUGACAUCCAAUCUAAUAAGUUUAUUGAAUAUGGUGAAUAUAAGAAUAACCAAUAUGGAACGAGUCUUGAGGCGAUACGGAGUGUCCUGGCGAGAAAUAAAGUUUGUCUGGUAGACGUUCAACCUGAGGCCCUAAAAAUUCUUCGUACACCCGAGUUUAAGGCCUACGUGAUCUUUGUAAAGCCUUAUGUUCCCGAGACUCGCCAACUACGCAGCAAAUCACCAGGAAAUGAUGACAAUGGACACAUCAUAGAUGAAGAUCUGCAGGAUAUGAGGCAGUCAGCCGAACAAAUGGACCAACAAUAUGGCCAUCUAGUGGACAGGGUCCUGAUAAAACAGGACUCUGCCAGUGGCUGUUUGGAGCUGAGGAAUAUUCUGGAACGACUUGAGAGAGAGCCACAGUGGGUGCCUGUCAGCUGGGUCCGAUCUUGAUCUUCUGUGCUUCCCGUAGCUAUUCUUGCAUAUGGUGUAAUGGAACCAUAGUCCUAUCUGCCUCUGUCUGCCUCUAUCUGAGUCUGUUGUUUGUCUGUAAUUGUUUCAUUCUGUUCAACUGAAGUUAGACAAAGCGAGAUAAAGGUGUCAAAGUUGGACGUCCUGGCGGUUUGUUGUUCAGCUGUACUAGUGAAGAGUUUGAUUUAUAUUUUGCAUGGAAGAAGCUUGACAAGAAAUCUAAUAGGUUUUGUUUCUAGAUGAUGGAAAUGAUGUAGCUGAUCUGGCAGACGUCCAUAUUUUUAUAUAAAUAUCAUGAUGCAAGACUGCUCGGCUGCAAGUUUACUCACUGUGUCCAAGUUGAGGUUAUGUUUACAUCAGGCAAACUGUCUAGUGUGAAGGUCUUUUGUUUUGUUUUCUUAUGCUGGCAGUGUAUAUUUAGAUGAAUGUAACUGAAAAUGUUGCAAAUUUCACACUGUACAUUGGCAAAUCAUUUCAGUGUUUUUAUUUGUGUAAAAUAAGAGGCAAUAUUUCAUAUCUGGACACAGCCUCUCAUUAUACACUUGUAAUUGUCAGUGUUUUUUGUAUAUCAAGUUGAUGACUGAUGUAUUUCUGUAUGAUGUAGUUCAUUAGGCAAUUGCUACAUUGAGUCAAAAAGCAUAAAGGCAUGAUAACAUCAUUAGGCCCAUUUACAGUAAAGUGUUGUUCAAAAUGUUAUGAAUGUUGUUUAAAAUGUAACGAAUGUGUGCCAUUUUAGAAUAUAUGGAAUAUUUUUGGAUGUAAAUUGUUAUUAUAAAAUCUACUUUUAAAACUG